UAAACUGGACUUUGAACUUAAUUAAUAAAAUAUGGCACUGCGAGGCAUAAAAGUCGUAGAAAUGUUGGGACUUGCCCCUGGCCCUCUUUGUGGAACCUUAUUAGCAGACUUUGGAGCUACAGUCACUGUGAUUCAAAAGAUGGAACCAUCACCAUUUGAUGUUUUAUCAAAUGGUAAAAGGAUGUUGUCUGUUGAUUUAAAGUCUAAGGAAGGAGUACAAGUCAUCAGGAAAUUAUGUGCAUCAUCAGAUGUUUUACUAGACACAUUUAGACCUGGGGUAAUGGAGAAAUUAGGUCUAGGUCCUGAUUUGCUCCUUAAAGAAAAUUCAGGUCUUGUUUAUGCAAGAUUGACAGGCUAUGGACAAAAUGGAGCAUAUGAGACCAAAGCUGGACAUGAUAUUAAUUAUGUAGCCAUGUCAGGUGUUUUAUCUGCACUGACAAGAAAAGGAGACCUACAUCCACCAGUUAACUUACUGGCAGACUUUGCUGGUGGAAGUUUUAUGUGUGCUCUUGGAAUUCUUUUAGCUCUUUUUGAAAGAACUAAAUCUGGAAAAGGUCAAAUAAUUGAUUCCAGCAUGACAGAAGGAGCAGCAUAUUUAGCAACAUGGGUAUACAAAUCCAAAAACUUACCAGUGUGGUCAGGACCACCAGGAACAAAUGCCCUAGAUGGGGGUCUUCCAUUUUAUGGAACUUACAAAACCAAAGAUGAUAAAUUCAUGGCAGUUGGAGCAUUAGAACCACAAUUUUAUGUUAACUUUCUGAAUGUACUGCAGUUGUGUGAAGAAGACUACUCACAAGGAAGUGAUGUGGAACACUGCAGGAAAGCAUUUACUGAAAAGUUUAUGACCAAAACACAAGAAGAAUGGUGUCAAUUAUUUGAUAGAGCUGAUGCAUGUGUCACACCUGUUUUAGACAUGGACUCUGCUGAUAAGCACAAAUUACACAUGUCUAGAAAGUCUUUCUACAGAGACUCAGAAAAUCUCUUAGUGCCAGAGCCAGCCCCACGGCUAUCAGUGACACCAGGGGUUUCCACUGGACACCACAGUAUGCCUAUUCCAGGACAACAUACAAUACAAAUUUUAAAGGAUUUGGGUUAUAACAAAAAUGAAAUAGAAGAUUUCAUAAAUAAUGGUGUUGUAUAUGCUGCGGAGAAAUCAAAACUAUAAUUGUUUACUGAAUUUUGUUGAUUAUUUGUUGUAUAAUGGUUUGGGUGUCAUAUUUAUAAUCUAUAUUUAAGGAAUUAUUUACAAUCAAGAGGUGGUUAUUAAAUAAAUCUAUUAUUUUUAGUAACUUUUUCAAGUCGAACAUAAUAUGGUUUUUGCCUAAUACAUAUUUGUUGAAUACAA